GCUCUACCACCACUUGUACCGUUGACCAUCACCCUCAUUACCUCGCCCGAAAGCCUCAGCCGCUCCUCUGCUCCAGCAUGGACGAAGCAGCAUUGCGGGCAAUGCUGCCUAUGGGCUUUGGCAAGGCAAAGUCUUCCGCUCCCAAGUUCGCCAGCAGCAGCAAUGGCAGCGGCAGUGGCAGCCAUGACUUCUCUUCCAGGCCAUCCACUUCUUCUGCAAAGGUGAUACAAGGGCCCGCAAUGGGACCAAUGGCGGCCAGCAGGAGAAAAGCAGACGACAGCGAUGACGACGAAGACGACGAAGACGAUGAUGGACUCACAGCAGAGGAGAGGGCCGCAGCCUCGGCGCUCCCUGAUGAUGAUGACGACGAUGACGAUGGAGAUGACAAUGCUUCCGACUCCUCCGCCGAUCUCGGCCCAGAGCCAAUAGGUGCAGAUCCCUCCAGCACAUCACUGCCCUUUGGGUCCACGCUGCAACUCUCUCAGCAUACAAAGUCGGUCUCCGCACUCUCUGUUGAUCCUUCAGGCGCUCGCGUAGCCACAGGGUCAUACGACUAUGACGUGCGGCUAUGGGACUUCGGCGGAAUGUCUUCCAACUCCCUCCUCCCGUUCAAGACAUCCCAGCCCUUUGGCUCCUACUGGAUCCAUGACCUGGCCUGGUCAAGCAACGGCGAGCAACUGCUUGCGAUCAGCGGAACUAGCCAGCCGAAGCUCUUCGAUCGCGAAGGCGCCGAGAUUGCUACUUUUCAAAAGGGAGAUGUGUACAUCAGGGACAUGAAGCAGACGGCAGGACAUGUUGCCGAGGUGACUUCGGGUAGCUGGAUGCCCUAUCAGUCAAAUACUUUCGCCACUAGUAGUGCUGACUCUACGAUACGACUCUGGGAUGUAGAGGAUAGGCGCAAGCAGAAGACGGUGAUCAGUGUCAAGUCAAAGGACAGAGGGGCCAGGACAAAGGUCAGCACACAUGUUUUCAGUCAUGAUGGAAAGACACUGGCAGCCGCUUGCACCGACGGCGCACUACAUCUAUGGUCCACGUCUGGGUCUUACUCGAGACCUAACUCGACCAUCGAAGGCGCUCAUGCCAAAGGGACAGAUACGAGCUGUGUGGUCUUCUCUACCGACGGCAGGACGCUAGCCAGCCGGGGAGGCGAUGAUACUCUCAAAGUUUGGGACGUCAGAUCUUUCCGGAAGCCAUUGGCAGAGAGAUCGGGGCUUCCAAACAGCUACGGCCAGACGAGCGUCAUCUUCUCGUCGGACGAGCGGACGAUUCUUACGGGCACAUCGGCUUCGCGGAGCGGCAAAGCAGUGGAAGAAGGAGACGACGUUGCUGCCUCUUCCUCUGCAACGACGAGCGGCUGCAUCGAGAUAUUCUCUCGCCUGGAUCUCUCCCCGCUGCAGUCCGUGCAAGUCCCCACUGCGUCCUCUAGCAGCAAGCCGCACUCGAUCAUCAGGCUGCAAUGGCAUCCCAAGAUUAAUCAACUCUUCAGCACCACCUCCUCCGGCAGCUGUACCAUCUUCUACUCUCCCGCCCAAUCUCUUCGCGGAGCUCUCCUCCCACUAGCCAAGACGACUUCCCGUCGUACCCGAGCUCCCUCUCCCGAGGCAGGAGAAGAAGGUUUCCACGGCCCCAUCAUCACACCUGGAGCGACAGACUCUGCUUCUUCUCGCGGGCAGGGACAGAGUGCCGCUGCGAAGAAGCGUCGUCUGGAGCGUGAGAGGAAGGACCCUACUAUUUCUCGCAUUCCUCAAGUACCGAUGAGCGGGCCCGGAAGGGGUGGAAGGAUCGGAUCGGCGGCGACACAGCAUGUUGUUCAGGGCAUCUUUAGAGAUAACACGAGGGAGGAGGAUCCUAGAGAGGCUUUGCUCAGGUAUCAUACCGCUGGGAAGGAUGGAGAGGAGGAGAGAAAGUUCACAAAGGCGUGGGAGGUGAAUGAGCCAAAGAAGAUCUACGCAAAGGACGAUGAGGACGAGUAAACGGCGCGUGGGGACGGACACGGGGAGACGAUAAGACUCUUUUUGAGGAUGGGAAAUUCAGGUACAAUACAGGCAUCCUUUACUCCAUCUUUUGAUCAACCGCCCACCCAAUACAAGUCGGGGUAUCUGUUUUCCAUCCAUCUCUAGACGUGCAGCUCUCUGUCUCUACUUUCAGAAGCCAUGCGAGAAGUCGAAGCUGAGGUAGCCUGGUCCAAACUGAUUCAGCACACCAGAGGAAGAAUCCUUGCCCUUUCCACCACCACCUCCUCCUCCGGCUCCUCCAGAACCAGCAUGACCGCUACCUCCACCUCCU